CGGCGGGGGGGAAGAAGGGGCGUGUCUGCCGCCCUUCCCAGGGUGCAGCGCAGGAGAACUUGAGCCCCAUCUUGGGCGAGGGGAGCCGCAGUCGGAGCCCGCGCUCCCGGGGCCGGCGCAGCGCAGCGGGGGCCGCCCGCCCGCCCGAGGGCCGCCCUCUACCUCCUCCUUCUCUUCCUCCUCCUCGCCGGCCCUCCGUGUCCCCCCCCCAACCCCUCCCCGGGAAGGGCUUACCCGCGGGGCUCGCCCGCGGGCCGGUUCCCAGCAGGAUGCGCCUGGCGCUGGUCUCCAGGUAGAGCGCGGAGACAGGGCGGCGGGGCCGGGGCGGGGGGGGUGGGGGGGUGGGUGGGGAGACGGGGCCGCUUAGGCCUUGCCCGGCCGCCGCGGGGCCUCGGUCCGCUUCUGCCCCGCGCCGAGGCCGGUCCCGCCGCGUACGGAGCGGGGGCUGCGGCGGGGAGGAGGAGGAGGCCCGCGUCCCGGCGGCGGGAGGAGGGCUGCGGACGGGGAGGAAGAGGAGGAGCCCCGCCGCCCCCCGCGCGGCCCGCUGCCCGCCAGCGAGAGCGCCGCGGCCCGCCCGCCCGCCGCAGGAAGCAGACGGAGGAUGUGCGGUAGCGCCGGGGGCCCGGCCGGCACGCCGUGACAGCCCGCCCCGGCACUGCGCUCGCUUCGCCCCGGCUGGCCGAGCCCCUCCCCGCGGAGGAAACAUGUCCAAGAUGCCGGCCAAGAAGAAGAGCUGCUUCCAGAUCACCAGCGUGACCACGGCUCAGGUGGCCAGCAGCAUCACCGAGGACACCGAGAGCCUGGACGACCCGGAUGAGUCCCGCACCGAGGAUGUGUCUUCUGAAAUCUUUGACGUUUCCCGAGCCACCGACUACGGCCCUGAGGAUGUCGGCGAGCGGAGCUCCUCUGAGGAGACUCUCAACAACGUGGGCGAGGCCGAAACUCCUGGCAGCGUCUCUCCCAACCUCCUUUUGGACGGGCAGCUGGCUGUGGCUGUUGGUGGGGUAGCUGCGGCUCUGCCGGCUGUGGCCCCCAAUGGGGGGGCUGUGCCCAAGAGCUCCUCUGUGCCCCUGCCAGCUGCUGCCCCUGGCACUGCCGUGGCAGGAGGCAGCAGUGCUCAAACUGCCUUGCCCUCCACAGGGCCUUCUGCAUCUGCCGCUCCUGGGACGAUGUCUCAGACAGUGGCUGCUGCAUGCAGCUCACGCUUCAGGGUGAUCAAGCUGGACCAUGGUACAGGUGAGCCCUACAGGCGAGGACGAUGGACGUGUAUGGAGUAUUAUGACCGGGACUCAGAUGGCAGUGGUGUCCUGGGCAGGACUGGAGAUUGCAUUAGGCACAGCAGCACCUUUGAGCAGGCUGCUCAAGAGAGAGACAGUGGCCUCGGUGCCACAGGAGGUUCCAUCGUGGUCUCAACUGUGCCAGCGUCAGCCCAUGGCCCCGAUUCUAUAGCUGACAGUUCCCUGACUGCUGUGUCACAGCUGCUCCAGACAGAGAAAAUGAACCAGUCCUCUCUACGGCAACCUAAUUUUGUCAUUGGGCAACAACAGCAGCCGCAACAACCCGUAGGUGGGGCCAUGCCUCAAAGUACUGCUCAGCCUAUGUUUUCUGGAGCUUCGGUCACAAAUCAGCAAAUGAUGGUGCCACAGCAAUCGCAGACGCAGGUAACUACGCAGGGUGUUGCACAGGCUGGACCCAACGGGAAAGGCAUGGCACCUCCAAAUGUGACAAUAGGGCAGCCAAGCAUUCCUGUGGCACAGCAGCAGGUGCAGCAGGCAAACAUACCAGUGACUCAGCCUCAACAAUUUGCUUAUUCUCAGUCCCAGAUUCCACCAGUGCAUCUACUGCCGACGCAACCUUCUGGUCAGACCGAAUACAUGCAGCACAUGACAAUUAUGCAGUCUCAAGGAGCUAUUCAGCAGGCUGCUACGGGCUCCGUUCCAAGUACUGUGGCUUCCAGCCUUCCUGUGGGGCAGGUGACCGGCCAGAAUCCCUCACCUGUGGGAGCGCCAGUGAUGGGGGUGUCAGCGCAGCCCGCCGAAGCGGUCGGACAGGGAUCAGGAUUAAUGCAGAGUGGCCAGACACAAGCUAGUCAGACUGCUGUUCCGCAACCAGGAGGUGUGGUGCAGCAAGGCAUUGGACAUACAGGGGUUGUGCAACAGAAAUCUGUGACUCAGCAUCAAAUGGGUGGAAGCAGUCAAGUGUCCGGAAUGCCUGGUGCUCCCCAUGCUGUGGUCUCUGGAGUUCAGAACGUGCCUGCGGUUGUGCCCGGUACAAGUGUGCCUAGUGUGUCUACCACCACUUCUGUUACUAUGCCAAAUGUCCCUGUUACGCUAGUCCAGUCCCAGCUGACUAGCCACACUUCUGUCAGCAGAAGUACCGGCGUUGUCCAGCCACAGCAUGUCGGACACUCGUUAAUGCAAGGCACACCUAAUGUACCUGCGAAUCUGCCACAGUCAAACCUCGGACAGUUUCAGACUCAAGCUCAAUCCUUAGUAGGCCAGAUUGAUGAUACUAGAAGAAAAUCGGAACCCCUACCUCAGCCACCACUUUCUCUUAUAGCUGAAAAUAAACCUCUUGUGAAGCCUCCCAUUCCAGACACUCUAGCAAAUCCUCUUCAGUUACCUGCAAGUACUCCUAUGAACAGUCUUGCCAGCUCUGUGUUUGGCAUAUCUAUUCCUGUUGAUGGUGAUGAAGACAGGAAUCCGUCAACUGCAUUCUACCAAGCGUUCCAUUUCAACAAGUUACGCGAGUCAAAGACCUUCUGGGAUAGUGCAUCUGGUGCAAGUGUUGUUGCCAUUGACAACAAAAUAGAACAGGCAAUGGAUCUAGUGAAAAGCCAUUUGAUGUAUGCAGUAAGAGAAGAAGUGGAAGUCCUGAAGGAACAAAUAAAAGAAUUAGUUGAAAGAAACUCUUUACUUGAACGAGAAAACGCACUGUUAAAAUCUCUUUCAAACAAUGAUCAGUUAUCCCAACUUUCAACCCAACAGGCCAAUCCUAGUAGCACUUCACAGGCGCAAACAGUGAUAGCACAGCCCCCGCAGCCAACGCAACCUCCACAGCAGCCGAAUGUCUCCUCAGCGUAAAGCUUCCCUGCCUCCUUUGAAAACAAAACAAAAACCCGAGAGCAGUCUGUCCUUGUGUGCCACUGAUGUUCUUUCCACUUUAUAUGAAAGCGAGUAGCCAUGCUUCUGUUGUGUGUUUGGCCUUUUCAGUAUUAGACAAUCAUUCUCCAAGAGCUGUCCCUCACGGGUAUGUCAUGAAGCGCAGUUGGUGUCCGCUAUGUCAUGGGUGCACAAGGGAGGUCGGAGGAGGAGUUAUUCGUGCAACAAAUGCGUUUGCUUGGUGUGCAGGAGUGAGGUCUUUUACGAGCUUUGGUGGCUCUCCAAGGUUUCCAUUUCCCGUGGAUUACUUUCAGCCUUGCUAUCUGGUAAGAAGUAACAAUUCAUCUUAAGAGCCACUGUUCUUUCAAUAUAAGUAACAUUUGCCUACAUUAGUUUCAUUUAUUUGUUUUAUUUAUUACAGGGCUGCUAUUUUCAUAAUGUACAUGAACAAUGUCACAGAACUUUUUUAAUUUUUUUUUUAAUAAAUGUAUGUAUCAGUAAAAUGAUAGAUGGGAUUGCAUUUAAUAGAUAAAAUGUUUAGGCAAUAAUUGAACAAAAGAAUCCUGGCAUAUUUCUAACACUAAUGGCAAUUUACCCUUGGUAUUUAUUUACGGUAGUAAAGAAUCCAGCUUGAAUGUAAAUUUUGUAUAGAGUGUAAGUAUGAAGACCAUAGUGCAUCUGUACAGGUAGUCACCAGUUAUUGUGAUAUAAUAAAUAAUUGAUGGGCUAUUUUGAUGAAGAAAACUUUGCUCAUUUCUGUUUCUACUUUCUAAUAGAGAGAAAUUGCCAUGAUUCCUCUGCUUUUUGACAUUUCGUAUAAUUUUUUUUUUUUGGGUGGGAAUAAAAAGCUGUGAAAUUGUUCAACCUACUUUGUAACCAAAGAAGCAAAGCUGUGUAAUUGAGUUGUUUUUUUUUUAUUUUAUAAUGCACAUUCUUUAUGUAUUUUUAUUUAGUGUUUUCUCAUUCACAACUUUCUUUGCUGUCUAGCAUGAUCUGCAUGACCUAUAAUCUUUGAACCACUUUCGUACCUCAUGUUUUUAUCCAGCACUCUUAUUGUAAUAUGUAAUAGUCUGUGAACAAUGUCAAAUAAAAAAGAAAGAACAGCUGGUGUCGGUGGAGCUGAGCUAGUGUGCUAUGCACUAGUUGUUUAAAAAAAAAAAUAAAUGAAGUGAGCCAUCUUUUGUUCAUUUAAAAUGGUGUUUUGAAUUUCGUAUGCAGAAAACGUUUUGUUACAUUGCAGAUUUUAAUGUAUUUAAUAAAUGCAACAUGCAGAUUAA